AUUUACUUACUGAAGUUUGUGUCAGUACAAUAACAGCAACACAGAGGUGAAAAACCGUUUCAGUGCAUCAGUAUUCACUCAGUUUCAGUGUUCCUGAAUUGGCAACUUCUUAAACUAUCCACUGAGUUUCUGCUCAUACCACAUCCUGCUCAGUUCAACAGAAAUUUGAACAUGGUAUGUAGCCAUUGUCCAAAGUGAGGAAUCCAAACGCUUUGUAAGGUUGUUAGCAGUCCUCUAAGCUGUGGCAGACGGUUGAGCAGAUAUGGCAGACAAGGUGCAGGUGCUGCCGUACUUCUUCGGCAACAUCACGCGAGAGGACGCGGAGGAGUACCUGCGGCAGGGAGGAUCAGGGGACGGCCUGUACCUGCUCCGCCAGAGCCGCAGCUUCCUCGGCGGAUACGCUCUGUCCGUGGCCUACGGCCGCCAGUUCUACCACUACACCAUCGAGAGAGAGAUGAACGACACCUACGCCAUCGCCGGUGGCAAAUCUCACAGAACCCCCAUAGAUGUGAUCGACUACCACUCGCAGGAGUCCGACGGGCUCGUCUGCCUGCUGAAGAGGCCCUUCAACCGGCCCCGGGGCACCGAGCCUAAAGUCGGGCCCUUUGAAGACCUGAAAGAGCAGCUCAUCAGGCAGUAUGUCAAACAAACGUGGAAUUUGCAGGGCUCGGCUCUGGAGCAGGCUAUCAUCAGCCAGAGGCCUCAGCUGGAGAAACUCAUCGCCACUACAGCUCAUGAGAAGAUGCCGUGGUUCCAUGGCAAGAUCGAGCGUGAGGACUCGGAGCAGCGGCUGCUCAGGAGCUCAAAUGUCAACGGCAAAUUCCUAAUUAGACAAAGAGAAAACAAUGGCAGAAACGUCUCCUUUGCGCUGUGUCUCCUGCAUAAUAACCAAGUCAUGCACUAUCGUAUCGACAAGGACAAGGCUGGCAAACUCUCCAUUCCUGAUGGGAAGAAGUUCGACACACUUUGGCAGCUGGUAGAACAUUAUUCGUACAAGCCUGAUGGCCUGCUCCGAGUGCUAACCGAGACCUGCCCGAGACCGUCACAUAAUUCAGAGCAAGGUGCCACAGGUGGGAUUCUCUCCAGAAUCAAAUCAUACUCCUUCCCCAAACCUGGCCAAAAAAAGGCUCAUAUUGAAAAUCCCUAUAACUUUAGAUCAAACAUCAGAGGUGAACUUCCUAAUCCUAAUAUCGUCAAAACGGAGGCUUUGCCAAUGGACACACUGGAGUUUGAAAGUCCAUAUGCAGAUCCUGAAGAGCUGCGAUCAACGACAGUGAAGCGGAGCGACCUGACUCUGGAGGAUGGAGAGUUGGGCUCAGGCAACUUCGGCACUGUCCUGAGAGGAGUCUACCAGAUGAAAAAGACACAGAAGAUUGUUGCUGUUAAGAUCCUGAAGAAUGAUGAUAAUAACGCAGCGGUGAAGGAGGAGAUGCUGCGAGAAGCGAACGUCAUGCAGCAGCUGGAUAACCCGUACAUCGUUCGCAUGAUCGGCAUCUGUGAAGCUGAGAGCCUCAUGCUGGUCAUGGAGCUCGCUGAGCUGGGGCCACUGCACAAGUUCCUCCAGAAGAACAAACACAUCUCUAUGAAGAACAUCACAGAGCUGGUUCAUCAGGUCUCUAUGGGAAUGAAAUAUCUGGAAGAGCACAACUUUGUUCACAGAGAUCUCGCAGCCAGGAACGUGCUUUUAGUCACUCAGCACUAUGCCAAGAUCAGCGACUUUGGACUCUCUAAAGCCCUGACAGAAGAAGAGAACUAUUACAAGGCCAAAGGUCAUGGUAAAUGGCCGCUGAAGUGGUACGCUCCCGAGUGCAUGAACUACUUCAAGUUCUCAUCUAAGAGUGACGUGUGGAGCUUUGGAGUCCUGAUGUGGGAGGCAUAUUCAUACGGACAGAAACCGUACAAGGGAAUGAAAGGAAAUGAAGUCAUCCAAAUGAUCGAGAGUGGAGAGAGAAUGUCCGCUCCAGCCGGCUGCCCGCCUGAGAUGUACGACCUCAUGAGGAAAUGCUGGACAUACAAGCUGGAAGAGAGACCUGGAUUUUCUGUAGUUGAACCCAGAUUGAGGCAUUACUAUUACGACAUUUCUCAGUGAUGAGCUAACCAGAGCACAUGCACAAUUAUACAGUAUUUCUAAUUAGAUCAUUUACAACAGUUUUAAUCACUUAAAGCAAUGACUUGUCUCAAGGUAUGUGUACUUCCAAACUAUUUUUGUUAGAAACUUGGUUGAUUUUUCUUCUAAAAGUAUGUUAAUAACAUCAGUGUUUUGUGUUUGAAGCCGAGUCAGUAUUUCUUAUUAAUACACUUUAGAUGUAACAGCAAUACGGAUCAGCUAAAGAAUGUCCAGUCUAGAGCUAGACGUUAUUCUCAUUCUUUUCUCUCUCUUUCAGUUUUGUACACAUCUACUGGGUUUUGUCUUUAUCUAAGUGCCAAUUUCUUUCUUUCUUCUUUUUUUUCAACAUCGAGUGUAUGGUUUAAAAGUUGUGUGUUCAUAAACAGUUUUAACAUUUCAUUUUAUAUGUGGACAAUGUAAGCAUAUAUUUUGCAUGUUAUCUGUGGUAGUCUAAGAAAGGUCUUCACUGGCAAUCUUUUAGGAUUUGUUUUCUCCAUGUUUCUGCUAUCCAGUGUGAAUUCAUUGCAUUCAUUGUGAUUUGUCAGCUUUAUUCAGUGGCUCCAGACUUUGUACAAGCUUGAUAACUGAACAGCAUGGCAUGACAGAAUCUUGCUCCUCCUCAGUUUGAUGAUAUUGAUAUAUAUGAUACUGAGCAAACAGAAUGUGUAUGGCUGCCAUACGAUUGUCAAAAAAUGCUUUAAAAAUAAAUAAAUAGUUUUUAAUAAAAAAAAAAAAAAUAUAUAUAUAUAUAUACAGAAAUAAAAACCUCAUUACAAUCUCAUUUGAUUACGACACAAUGGAAUAAAAUGGGUUUAUCCUAUGAAGUUAAUCAGA